GGCUCUCGCAGCGGCGGAAGAGCAUGGCGACGAGACCAGACCAGACCGCCGCGGGGCUGGGCACGGUUGAUAGACUGGGCAUGGACGCUGGGACGGAAGACGAGCGCGAGCCUGACUGCAUGCUCUGUGCACUGACCUCGGGGACUAUCGUGACGUCGGUCGGCCUGUAUCUCGCCCGCGACGUGGUGGUCCGGCCCAAGGCAUUUGCCGCGUCAAAGGCUGCCCGUCCGCUCGGCGCCGUCGUCGCCGCCAUCUGCAUCGGACUGGGUGGCACGAACCUGGUCAAGGCAUGGACCGAGUGGCAGAACGGCGCCAGCCUGCCCUGGAGCGCCGAUCCGGUUGUACCUGGCUUUGGCAAGCUGGCGUCCGGACGCAGUGGCUCCGCCGCUGGAUCGUCCGGAUGAGUGAGGAGACUCGCGUUCCGGACCGAGCACCGAGCUGCUGCUCAUCUCCACGCCCGACACCGAUCGCUGGAGCCAUAGAACCGCAAUCAUCA